AUUGUAGAGUUACGAAAAAGGGGGAGGGGGGGCAGGCUGCGGCAAUUGUGCGUUGCCAGCGCUGUAGCGGUUAAUAUAUGAUAAUAGGAGACCCUACGAUUAUUACGAAUGGUGCCGUGCUUUAUUUCGAGUGCUUUAUUUCGAGUGCCCUACAAUUGGUGCUCUUUAACUUGGCUCUACUUGUGUUUGUAUUCUUAUAUCAUCUACCUAUUUUGAGACUACUGGUAAACGUACCUCUAGUAAAUGAUGAUCUAACUAGAUACAGGUAAACGCGCAGGUAAAUACUAUUGGUUCUAGCCCCAUGUUACCAUGUUACCAUGUUACCAUGCUACCUCAGGAGGUACAUUGUCAUCUGCGCCUAGCUUCGGAUGUGGUGAUGACAUCAGGUAUCGUUCAGGUCUUGUCCCCGUCUUG